CUCAGCCACCCACCCUGCGCGCGCUGCGUUCGUUUGUCUGAUUGCAUAUUCCCAUGUGUAAUCCCUUUUCCUCUCGCCACGACCUCCAUCCUCCCCCCCCAGCAACAUCCAUGGUUCCCCAUCCCUGGCACUGCCUGACCUAUGCCCUCCUUAUCUUGCCGCCUCUGCUCCUCACCACGUACCUCUUCGCUGUGUUUCCCAGCCCCCCAAGCGCAGUAUAUCUCUAUCCGUCACUUUCCAGUUUACCACAGGAAUGCCGGUCCUGGAAAAUCUACUCAGAGGACUACUAUCCCGGCGGAGCAUACGUUGGGCUUCCGUACGGUCGGGUUCGAUAUUGGCUGUUGGGCCCCGAAGCGGGACGAAAGAUUGUCCUUGUUCAUGGUCUCUCGGUGCCCUCGCUCAUCUGGAAAGACAUAGCACCUCAGUUGGCGGCCCGUGGGUAUCGCGUAUUGAUGUAUGAUCUUUACGGUCGUGGAUACACCGAUGCGCCACAAACUACGUACAAUACCCAGUUGUAUACCACUCAGCUGGCGCUCCUGAUGCAACAUGUCAAAUGGGAUAAAGCGAUAGUAGUUGGUGUCUCGAUGGGAGGCGGCAUUGCUGCCGCGUUCACAGCUCAUUUCCCUCAUCUCGUCGAAGGAAAAGUGGUCCUCAUUGCCUCUACUGGGAUUAUUGAGUCUAGCGACCUUCCCAGGACUCUCAAGUUCAUGUCUUCUCCAGUGAUCCAGAGCGUUACUUCAAGUGCACCGGUACGAAAAUAUCUUCAGAACUUGAUCUUAACAGAUACGCCGCCACCUGCUGACUCUGACUCUCUACAAGAGAUUGUACGAAUACAGUCUGCGCACCUAUCGGGAUAUAACGCCGCCAUUUCUUCUUCGCUGCGGGAGGGCCCCAUUCGGGGGUUAACAUAUGCUUUCCAGUCAGAUGCCUUCAAUGGCCGGGACGUCCUCCUGAUACAUGGCACAAAUGACCGCACCGUCUCGUACAAGUAUGCUUCUGAGAUACAAGCCCUCCUCCCUCCUGGUGCGACGUCGAAAUUGGUCACGGUGUCAGACGGGGGCCACGACUUGACGAUAAGCCAUCCCGGUCUUGUGCUUGCGGAGAUGGAUAAAUUUUUGCUCUAAUCUUUUUUUUUUCUCCUUUUUUCGUUCUUUUUCUUUUUUUUCUUUAUUUUUAUGGGUUUUAGUCAAACUGUUUCCUGUUCUGUUUCUGUUUCUGGUCCUUCUCAUGCUUGUUUACACUACGCAAUCCAACAUCUGUCAUUGGAUCUUUUUGUACUGCUCUACAUAUAUCAUAUAUUACACGUUGGUAUCCAUCCACUACACUAGAUCAACUUACAAGAUCAAUUACUACGCCUCCCUCGCACAGGUAUCCAUUACAUACAUACCAUACCCGAUACGUUCGUUGUAGCAGUACUCUGCAUAGAUGAUUGCGGUACACUCCAAAGUGCAUGUAACACCCACCCCGACGACCUUAUUUCGAA